AACGGGUGUUUUUUGUGAUUCACACUUCUUUCAAUUCUGACUCAAUAUACCCUGGUCUCCUCCAAGCCAGCUACUAUGAUCCUUUAACUGGCUCCUCCCUGCUUCUGCAGAUGCUUGAGUGGGAUAUGAUCUCUCCCCUCAACCCUUAAUCGUUGCCUCUCCUUCUACCUUCGCCCUCCCAGCCGAGCCUCCUCCCAGCCUCUCACUCCACAGUCAUGGCGUCUCGUGUGACCGAGAUCGCCUCGCGGCUUUACGACGCCUGCCUCGAGCGAUUUGAAGCCGACCAUCUCUUCUAUCAGCAAGACCUGCUCGCCCUCGAUGUCAUUCCCAAGGGAGAAAUUGACCUGCUGCUGAAAUGCGCUCAGUCGCUGGUCGAUCAAAAAUUGUUCCGACUUCUCCAAGGCUCAAAUAACCGCCUCGCAUGGAAGAUCAUUUCUCGUGACGAUGCCGAGAAACUUCAGAGUCUGAGCCCCGACGAGAGCUUGGUAUACAAUGUCAUUCACUCUAGUGGCCGCUCAGGCGUUUGGGUGCGCAACAUCCAAUCCCGCACGAACCUCCACAAAUCCAUCCUCGAUCGCUGUGUGAAAUCUCUCGAGAGCAAGAACUACAUCAAGAGCGUCCACAAUGUCAAGUACCCGACCCGGAAGAUGUACAUGCUCGCGGGCCUGGCCCCGAGCGAGGACAUCACAGGUGGCGCCUGGUUCACAGACGGUGUCCUCGACUCGACUUUCAUCAACACGCUUGCCGGUUUAAUCGAAUUCAAAGUGAGCACCCAAAGCUGGUACGAAGUGCCCACCGCCGACCGUGGCCGCAGCAAACGGAUCAAGACCGCCACCGGCAUGGCGGAAGUCAAGUCUGAGUCAGAGAAGACAUUCCUUCCCUACCCAGCGAAUUACUCUGGCUACCCGACCAUCGAAUGGAUUACCACCGAAGUAAACAAGAGCGGUGUCACUCCCGUGCGUCUUGGCGAAGACAGUGUCAUCCAGCUGGUGCAAAUGCUCUGCUUCGACAAGAAACUCGUCUCACUGAAUAAUGGCAUCAACUACAAGGCAGUCAAGAACCCCGUUGUGGUCAAGGCUGGUUUCAAUCGGAAGCCUGCCGCCGAAGAGGAAGCUGGCUCACCUAUCCUCGGCCUAGGCAAGAAUGGUAUGACCGAGGCGCCCUGCGGAUCAUGCCCCAACAUCCGCCUUUGCUCCCCCGGCGCUGCCAUCAGCCCAGAGACCUGUGAAUACUUUGACCCGUGGUACGAAAAGGUGCUCGGCUUCUGAGCCUUGAGAAACGACGUA